CGGGGGGAGAGAGAUAUCUCUUCUUUUUUUAUCUUUCUUUAUGCUUGUUGAGAUAAUCAGAUUGAGAGGGUACCUUAAAUUACGUCACUUUCAUCCGGCCGGCUGUUAUGAUCUUCCGCACGCACGUGUGUUAGUUAGAGAUAGAGGUUGUUGUAUAGGGCAUGUAAAAUAUCUAGAUAGAGGUAGUUUUGUUGUGCGUCGCAACCUUGUUACCCUCCCUCCCUUCCUUUCCUCCCAGCUCCUUGAUUCCACGCAACAAGUUUGUUAGUUGCCGAUACCAUGACGAAGAUAAUCCCCGACGAGCUGCCGAGCGGCAGUUCAGCGGAGACCACGAAAGGCAAAGGGCCGCCGUCGCCGGCCGGGCACCUCGACGAUGACGGCCACAAGAUCUUUCAAGUAUCACGUGUUUGUCACUUCGUUCAUGUUUGUUUGCUUCAUUGCGUUCGCCUUGUUAUUAUGGUCGGAGCACAACGUAAUCUUCACCGCCAUCACCUUCCUCUACUCCAUGGUCAUGAGCCACCUGUGGCUUAUCAAACGCCGGGACCAGAACAAGACACAGGAGCCCAAAGAUUGCGAAUUGUCUGCUAUUUGCACACGCGCACCGCCCGAGUUGAUGCUGGUGGCAACCGGGAUCAUGUUAAUCUCCUUGGGUGUGGCAAUCUUUGUAUUUCGCCCUGAUUGGCGUGACUUGGCCUUCGUUGCUUUCAUGGUCUCCUCAUCGACAGCGGUCAUGCUUAUUUACCUCAAACUUGAGGAGAUUGACAGGAAGUCCUUGGAAAAAUUUAACGAUGCCUCAAAUCUAGUCUAGUUCCAAUUAAAGCCUUGGCAUCUAAGAUGGCACUCCCUAGUUUGUUACUAUAUUUUAGUGAAUAAGCUUGAUAAACCUUCUAUACAGAAUAAGACAUAGUAUCAUGGUACUUUCGAGGAUUUUGGCAUGCAUGGGCAUGAAUGGCUGUAAUCUCCAUCGGUUUCCAUAUUGGAAAUUGGUCGAGAUACAUGGCACACACAUUCAAUUUCUUUUCAUGAAAGUGUGGACUAAUUUGGUCAACUAUUUGUACUCUCUAGGGUUUUCAAUAAA